AACAGCCAAUUUCCUCUCCCCAGUCCACCUCGUAUUAAAGACGAACCAGAUGACGAUGGGUACUUUGCACCUCCCAAAGAAGAUGCUAAGCCUUUAAAAAGACCUCGAGAAGAAGAUGAUGUUGAUUUUAAGCCCAAAAAAAUUAAAACAGAAGAUAUCAAAAAAGUCAAGAAGCGAAAACCAGAGGAAGAGGAGGACAAUAAAGCCAAGAAACCCAAGAGUAAAGAUAAGAAGAUGGCUGAACCAGACAACAAGAGAAAGAAACAGAAGAAAGAAGAGGAACAAAAAUGGAAAUGGUGGAGGAAAGAGCGUUACCCCGAAGGCAUCAAAUGGAAAUUCCUUGAACACAAAAGGCCCCUGUGUUUGCACCACCGUAUGAACCCCUGCCUGAAAACGUCAGAAGGGUAUGCCUAA